AUGCUGCAGCUCGUGCUCCUCGCCGCCCUCGCCCUCUGCGGUCGCUGCUCUGAGCAGGACCUCGAUGGGAUGCAACGGGUGGUCGGUGGGACCGAGGCACGCUCGCACGCCUGGCCCUCCCAGAUCUCCCUCCAGUAUGCCUCUGGUGGCAACUGGUAUCACACCUGCGGAGGGUCCCUCAUCGACAGAAACUGGGUGAUGACAGCAGCCCAUUGCGUGACUCGUCAAAUGAACUUCCGUGUCGUGGCUGGUGAACACAACCUCAACGCAAACGAUGGCAGCGAGCAGAUCUUUGGUGUGAGCAGGAUCAUUAUCCAUCCCUACUACAACAGCAACAACAUCGCUGGCGGCUACGACAUCGCCCUCCUCCGCCUGUCCGCCUAUGCCACCCUGAACAGCUACGUGCAGCUGGCUGUGCUGCCCAGGGAGGGAACCAUCCUGCCCAACAACUACCCCUGCUACAUCUCGGGCUGGGGUCUGACUCGCACCAACGGGCAGCUCUCCAGCGUCCUGAUGCAGGCCUACCUGCCCGUGGUGGACUACCAGAUCUGCUCCAGCCCCUCCUACUGGGGCUCCACCGUCAAGAGCACCAUGAUCUGCGCCGGCGGUGACGGCAUCCGCUCUGGCUGCCAGGGCGAUUCGGGCGGUCCCCUCCACUGCGCAGUGAAUGGGCAGUACCAGGUCCAUGGUGUCACCAGCUUCGUCUCCAGUGAGGGCUGCAACGUCAGGAACAAACCCACCGUCUUCACCCGUGUCUCCAACUACAUCACCUGGAUGUAUAACGCCUACCUGCCCGUGGUGGACUACCAGAUCUGCUCCAGCCCCUCCUACUGGGGCUCCACCGUCAAGAGCACCAUGAUCUGCGCCGGCGGUGACGGCAUCCGCUCUGGCUGCCAGGGCGAUUCGGGCGGUCCCCUCCACUGCGCAGUGAAUGGGCAGUACCAGGUCCAUGGUGUCACCAGCUUCGUCUCCAGUCAGGGCUGCAACGUCAGGAACAAACCCACCGUCUUCACCCGCGUAUCCAACUACAUCACCUGGAUGUAUAACGUAAUGGCCCAGAACUGA